AUGUCACAGACAUAUCGCGCUCCGGUCCAAAGCGACCAGUCCAAAAAAUAUGACGAUACUCCCGGUGCAGCCGAAAAGCAGCAUAUUGAGCGAGUUCCCGCAGAACAUGACAACCCUUUCGGAGAUGAGGAAUAUGCAGAAGUCAGAUAUCGCACUCUACACUGGUGGCAAUGCGGAAUGAUUAUGAUCGCAGAGACCAUUUCCCUUGGAAUUCUCUCUCUUCCAUCGGCAGUCGCUACGCUGGGUCUUGCUCCCGCUAUUAUUUUGAUCGUAGGAUUAGGUCUAUUGGCCACAUACACAGGCUAUACUUUGGGCCAAUUCAAGCUCCGCUACCCACAUGUACACUCGAUGGGAGAUGCUGGGGAAGUUCUUUUCGGAAGAAUCGGUCUCCCCCGAUUCGGCCGUGAAUUCCUCGGCACUGCACAGCUGCUUUUUCUCAUUUUCAUCAUGGGAAGUCAUAUCUUAACAUUUACGGUGAUGAUGAAUACACUCACAGGACACGGUACUUGUUCAAUUGUUUUUGGUGUGGUCGGCAUGAUCAUUUCAUUUAUCUUUGCCGUCCCAAGAACACUGCGCAAAGUGUCUUGGUUCUCAUUUGCGUCGUUCGCAAGUAUCAUUUCCGCCGUCCUUAUCACAAUGAUUGCUAUCUCUAUCCAACGCCCUGGGGAUGGAAAGGUUGAAGCAACCACGAAGAUCGAUGUCGCGACUGGAUUCCUCGCAGUGACAAAUAUUGUGUUCGCAUAUGCUGGCCAUGUGGCUUUCUUCGGCUUCAUCUCAGAGAUGCAAAUCCCGACAGACUAUCCCAAAACAUUAUAUUUACUCCAGGCGACAGACACGACCAUGUAUACGGUUGCCGCAAUCGUAAUCUACUAUUAUGGCGGAAAAGAUGUGAAAUCUCCCGCGCUCAGUUCUACCAGUCCGAUCACGGCCAAAAUCGCCUAUGGAAUCGCCAUCCCGACCAUUGUUAUCGCUGGUGUAAUCAAUGGCCAUGUUGCAGCUAAGUAUCUCUACGUUCGCGUCUUCCGGGGAACAGAUCAUAUGCAAAAGCGAAGCUUUCGUUCGAUUGGUUCAUGGGUCGGAAUCAGUCUCGUACUUUGGAUUAUCGCAUGGAUUAUUGCGGAAGCUAUACCUGUUUUCAACGACCUUCUCAGUCUCAUAACGGCACUUUUCGCGAGUUGGUUUACUUAUGGUCUGAGUGGCAUAUUCUGGCUCUUCCUCAAUUUCGGUCGGUAUCGCGAAAGUUGGAAGAAGAUGUUCCUAACUUGUCUCAACUUGGUGAUCGUGGCGAUUGGCGGUUGUCUCUGUGGAAUGGGCCUCUGGGUCUCUGGAAAGGCUAUUCAUGCGGAUUCUAACAAUGCUAGUUUCUCAUGCGCGGACUCUAGCUAA